AUGUCGUUAGUAGCCUUGAAGAACGGAGUCGCAAGUCUCCUAAACCACAAGAACAAGUCAGAUGAAGAAAUAAAUAGAGUUAAUAGGCUAUUGGAAAAUAACCAAGGUCCAUAUGGCUCUACAGACAAUGAUGCCACAUUGACUCCACAAGACGAUAGAGCAGCCGAGGUGGCAAGGCAAGAAGCAGUCAUGAAUGCCGCAGAAUCAGUUGCAUCCUCAUCCGAUAACAAAGAAGAUGAAGAGGUUGAUGCUAAUUUUCUUACCAAAUUCUUUAGCAGAUUUGAUCCUAGGGUCAUGUCAGAUAUUAUCAUUGGUUUAAGUGACGGAUUAACAGUGCCAUUUGCUCUCACAGCCGGUCUUUCUUCUUUGGGUGACUCUAAAUUGGUUAUCACUGGUGGUAUGGCGGAACUAGUUUCGGGAGCAAUAUCAAUGGGUUUGGGAGGAUACCUUGCAGCUAAAUCAGAAUCAGAAUACUACACAUCACAAGUCAAAAAAGAAAAGUUGGAUUUCUUCAAGAGACCAGAGUCCAUCAACCAAGAUGCAGCAGAAAUACUUUUUGAGCUUGGGGCAAGUGAAGCAACAAUUAUAAGUUUCCUUAAAGACCUAGAUUCACAACCGAAAAACCUUAUAGAUUUUGUUAUUAGGUUUGGUAAAGGCUUGGAAGAGCCUGCCGAGGGAAGGGAAUUCACUUCGGCAUUGACCAUUGGAUUGUCAUAUUUCUUUGGAGGAUUUGUACCUCUUUUACCAUAUUUCUUUACACAUGUCGUGAAAACUGGAUUAUUAAUCUCAGUGAUUGUCAUGUUGAUCACAUUAUUCAUAUUCGGCUAUAUCAAAACACAAAUAUCCCUCGGAGACGAUUGUGGAAACCGGAAAAAGAUAGCAGAAGGGUUCCAAAUGGUUGCUGUAGGGUCAGUUGCCGCUGGUGCAGCUUGGGGUCUAGUCUACUUUAUAGACAACUAA